AUGUUUAGUGUACAAUCACCGUCAUCUUUUCAUCAAUCCUCAACCCAACAUAAUCAUCAAAGUGAUUUCACUAUCAAUCCAUUCGAUAGUAUUCUCCCUCUACACGACGCGAUACUUGACUUUAACGGGAAUAAGAUUUUCAAUGAUCUCGACUUUAUCAAUAAUCUACCAAAGGCUGUGUCUCCAGUGACGACAACACCACUACUCACACCUCAGCCGCAUAUACCACCGACUAUAAACAUACCAGCGCCAGAGCCUCGACCAUCCACAAGUGAAGGUGUCGUUCGUAAGCCAUUGGAAAGGUCAAACACUAAUGUUAGACCAAACAACAAACACAAUCAGACACUCAGUUUGAAGACACUUGAUGGCAGAAGGGGUAGCAAUCAACCAAAGACUAAAAGACAGAGAAGACGACACGAUGAGAUUGAAAGGUUUUAUCAUUGUGGUUUCAAUGGCUGCACAAAGUCUUAUGGAACUCUGAAUCAUCUUAAUGCACACGUGAUAUUUCAAAAACACGGUCCAAAAAGGUUACCAAGUGAAUUCAAGGAAAUACGUGAAUACCAGAGAAACAGAAAAAAGGAAGAGUUGAAGCUGAAGAAGAUGUUUGAAGAUGAAGCUACGAGUGUUAGUGUUGGUGGUACAUCUACCAAUACACCAUUAACAACGCCGUAUGAUGAGACGCUGCCAGCAUUACCCAGCUCAGCACCACCAACACAAACAUCAUUCAGUGAUAAUGUUCAGGAUAUAAAUCACGAUGAUCUGUUGAUCAAGUUGAGCGAGAGUGGAGGAGUUGGAUAUGGUGAUGUGGGCGUGGGCGUCGGUGUAAGUGAAUUAAAUGGAGGUGAUUUGGGUACAGGUGAUAUAAGUACAGGUGAUGUAGGCAUGCCAUUCAGUGCACCAGUAACCAAGACAUCAUUCUUUGGUGGAGAAGAGGUGAGCAACGAUGAUAAUGACAAUGGCAUGGACUUCAGUGAAGCAAUCGAGAGAAACCUGAGCACGCUCACACUCCCUGAAAAUCUUUCAGAAGCGUUAAGCUUGAUGGACAGGCAAUCUAGCAGUGUAAGCAGUGAAGAUGAAACGGUCAGCACAGUUGAUAACAUGAUGACGCCAUUGCCACUAUCGCUCUCGGUUGAUAACAACUUUAUGAAUAUGAUGAAUUGA